AAGUAGAGUGUUGCUCUUUGAAACAUAAAUGAAACUCUGUCUGCCAGUCUUCUUUCACGCUUCCAUUCCUCUGUGAGAUACUUUAAAUAAUUGAUACUCGCUUUUCAGGAAAAAUAUUGAAGGUGAAAAAGUCCGAUCGCAUUUAAAUUCAUUCGCGGAUGUUUUAAAGGAAUUAUUGAUUAGUGAUUAUAAGCUUCGGUAGUGCGCGGCUAAAUUGAAUUUAAUGAAAAACUGAGGUCUGGUGAGAUCUCAGUUCUGUCACGGAAUUACGGAGCAAAUAACGAUCAGAUUGUAGCUGGAGGCUAAGUCAAAUGUUUCUUUUAUUUGAAAGUAAAUUUUGGGAGUACAUUGAGCAUCUUAUACUCGGAUCUUUUGUGAUAUGUGAUACAAAUUAUAUUAGGAUAAAAGAGUACAGUGUAAUGUUCACCGAAAUAUAAUAUAUCAUCGGCAUUAUAUAAACAGAAGAAAAUAAAACAUUAGCAAUUGCUAAACAAACGUUUUGUUGUGUUAAAUAAAAAUCAAAUCUUUAAAAUGGAUGGACAUUCAAGUGAACCAUCGAAAAUGAAUACACAAGUGUCCAUCAAUGUUCCAGAGGAAAAUCCCCGUGGACUGCAUGGAUUGAUUAUGCGCAUGCGCAACAGAAACUGGAGACAAGUUGGAGAAAAUAUGAAAGAAAACUUACUUCUUAUAUUGUUGCUCGGUUCUGUUAUCCUUGGGGCUGGAAUGGGCUUCGCUGUUAGGAAUAGUUUUGGUACUAUGAGCAAAAGGGAGAUAAUGUACCUCCAGUUCCCAGGUGAAAUCCUCAUGCGAAUGUUGAAGAUGUUGAUUCUUCCACUCGUUAUCUCUAGUCUUAUUGCGGGCAUUGCUGGUCUUGAUGCAUCAACUUGUGGAAAAAUGGGCCUGCGUACCAUUGCAUACUUUGCAACAACAACAUUGAGCGCCGUUAUCCUUGGUAUAAUCAUGACAUAUAUAAUGAGGCCAGGUUCAAACUCAGAUAAGAAAGGGAUUCCAAGAUAUGGAAAUGCCGCAAAAUUAAACCCCGUUGAUACCUUCCUCGAUCUUAUAAGGAACAUGUUCCCGGACAAUUUAGUGGAAGCUGCAUACACCGGGUUUCGAUCCGAAGAGCAUUUAACAGAAGUGAACAUCACACAAAAUGUUCGCUUGAACACAACAGACAACAGGACAAUGUACCACUCGGAUUCUGGGAUAGUAACAGAUGUGGAAGUUAUCUCACGCAAUCAAUCUGUUACAUUUAUAACGAGAAAUAUAACGACGCAGAUAUUAGAGCCCGGAAGUUCGACUACUGGUUCCACUAACAUUCUAGGACUUGUCGUCUUCGCCGUUCUCAUGGGUGUUAUACUCGGCAGAAUGAAAGCUAAAGGAAAGCCGCUCGUCGACUUUUGUAACUGUUUGGCCGACGCUACUAUGAAUAUCUUUGUUAUUUUCAUAUGGUAUUCGCCAGUCGGAAUAGCGUUUCUGAUCGCCGGAAAAAUUGUGGAGAUGGAAGAUUUUGGAGUGAUGAUUGGUCAGGUGGGAGUAUACUUUAUAACGGUGUUGCUUGGUCUCUUUGUGCAUGGAUCGUGCGUAUUGCCACUCAUUUUCUUUGCUCUGACCAGACAAAAUCCGUACAAAUUUAUUUACGGAAUUUCACAAGCUUUGGCAACAGCGUUUGGAACCUCCUCAAGCUCUGCGACUAUGCCUGUGACGCUACACUGUCUUGAGGUGAACAAUCACGUAGAUCCCCGUGUCAGCACGUUUGUAAUCCCCGUUGGAGCAACUAUCAAUAUGGACGGUACUGCCCUAUAUGAAGCGGUAGCGGCGUUAUUUAUAGCAAAUGUCAACGACAUUACAAUGAAUUUUGGGAAUGUUGUAACUAUAAGUAUUACAGCUACAGCUGCGUCUAUUGGGGCAGCUGGCGUUCCUCAAGCAGGUCUCGUUACCAUGGUAAUCGUUCUUUCUGCUGUAGGACUGCCUGUAGAUGACAUCACACUUAUUCUCGUCGUCGACUGGUUCCUGGAUCGAUUCCGAACGUUUACAAACGUCAUGGGCGAUAGUUUAGGUGCGGGUAUCGUGUAUCAUCUAUCAAAACACGAGUUACCUCCCUUACUGGACGAAAACGAGACUGAUGUGCCCGAUGUCUGUGUGGAUAGCCCUGGCCCGAACAAGGGGUCAACUCCUACGCCGGAGUUAAGAAAACGACCAAAUGGAGCAGAGGAAGCUAAUAUUGCUGCAGUGUAACACUUAACUAUAUCCAUUUUUAUUUAGAAAUAGUUUUUUCAUUGUUUUUAAUAUUCAGUGAGGUUGUAACAAAACGUGUUGUUAUCGGUAAUACUGCGCGAACUAUUGUAAUGUUGAAAGAUUUGGAAGUCGAACAGAAACUGUUGGUGAAACAUAAAAAUGAGAAACAUAAAAAUGUGAUUAUUCACAUAAGCUUGUAGGUUAGAUACGUGAUUAUGAGCAUGCAGAAUAAGAUUGGGUUUGAUGAAUGUCUUUUGGUAAGCACAUUUUAAAGUAAAUAACAUGUACAUAUAUAUAUAUCAUUUGAUUAAUUUCAUUAAAUUCAUGUUGAUCGAUUUUUUAAGUAGAAAAUCAUUCGCUCAUCUCAUUCAUUUUUAUCUUAAAAAUAUAAAUAUAUGACCAUAGUUGUUACACACAUCAACCGUUCACCAUUUACAAAAAACAGCUGUAUCAUCAACCGGACAUUGAAACUUGAUUCAAUUAUUUCUGUAAAAAAUAAUGUGUAAAAAAUGCAUCGUUUUAUGAACCUUUGCUUUUAAUUGCACGAAAAUGUAAGUUAUUUUCUACAGGUCAUCUCAAAUGCGUCGUUAAACUUGUAUUGGCUAAAUUGAAAAAUCAUCUAAAUUCCA